AUGUCACUCACAGUAAAAAGUGAAGAACCAUCUCCGGACGAGCGUCGUUUAGAGUACAUAAGUGGAUGGGACGGUGCUGGCACAGCAGCGGUUUUAGCAGCUGGUGGGGCAGCCAUAUGGGUCCCAGCCGUUAACGUGCGUCGUGCCAAGAUGUCGCUCUCGUGUGCUUGGCUGGUGCUUGAUGGGGACGAUCCAUACGGAUGA